UUGUACUAAAGCCAGCCACUUUAACCGUUAACAUAAAAAAACCGACGCCAUAACCUGAAAGUUUUAAUUUUGUUUAUUUACAUAAUUAACUUGUUAAAUUUUUUAUUUUCCUAUCUCUUUUGAACAGUGUGUGUGCUUCUAAUUAUUUCCAAAGUGUCCACGUUUUCAUUGUGCAACUUGAGGAGCUGCCAGAAUGUCCUGCUCCCGGCUCGGUAAUAAUGUCGUGGGAGACUCCCCCCUACUCUGCGAAGAAGUUAAACAAAAAUGUGCAGUUAAUGGGGCUGCAAAGCCUCAUGAGGAACAUCAGUAUCUAAACCACAUUAAACUCAUACUGGAAAAGGGGGUUAAAACGGCAGACAGGACGGGUGUGGGCACCUACUCAAUAUUUGGGGCUCAAAUGAGAUACUCUUUAAGAGACAACAUCUUCCCGCUGCUUACCACCAAGCGAGUCUUCUGGAGAGCCGUAGUGGAGGAGCUGCUUUGGUUCAUCAGGGGCAGCACCAAUGCUUUCGAGCUGAAAGACAAAAACGUGCACAUUUGGGACGCCAACAGCACAAGGGAAUUUCUGGACUCCGUGGGCCUUAAAGACCGAGAGGAGGGCGACUUGGGGCCAAUCUACGGGUUUCAAUGGAGGCACUUUGGGGCCGAGUACAAAGGAAUGCGUGCUGACUAUAAAAACAAAGGCAUUGACCAACUGGCUCAUGUAAUCAAUACAAUCAGAAACAAACCCACAGAUAGAAGGAUGAUUAUGUGCGCUUGGAACCCGGUAGACAUUCCUGAAAUGGCUUUGCCCCCCUGUCAUUGUCUUGUGCAGUUUUACGUUGCUAAUGGGGAACUGUCGUGCCAAUUGUAUCAAAGAUCAGCCGAUAUGGGGCUGGGGGUGCCUUUUAACAUUGCCAGCUACGCCCUGCUCACUUACAUGAUCGCCCAUAUCACCAAUCUCCAGCCAGGGGAGUUUAUCCACAGUUUGGGGGACAGUCAUGUGUACUUAAACCAUGUGGAGCCCCUAAAGGAGCAAAUCGAACGGGAACCCAGGCCUUUCCCCACGCUUCAAAUCAAGAGGAAAGUGGAAACUAUUGAGGACUUUACUGCAGAGGAUUUUGAAAUUGUUGGCUACAAUCCUCAUCCUAAGCUAAGCAUGGCCAUGGCUGUUUAAUGGCGUUUUAUAUUUUGUCGAAUAUACGCUAGGAUGUCGAAUAAAUAUUCCAGCUUCAAAAAA